AUGAUUACGUUACCGAAAUCAUACAGUUGCAUCGACGAGUAUGCAAAAGACCUCAUUCAAUUCAUCGAAACACCGCUGGUUCGCCAGAUUACCGGUGACAUCCACGUCAACGACGCAUUGAUCUACGAUGCAUGGGAAGCCUUGCCCACAGAGUGGACAUCCUGGUGGAUAUCGAUCCCAGAUCACCGCAUAGCUCAGCAAGACUUGAUCGACAGCAUUGAAGAGCUGGAUUGCUUUUCGCCCUCAAUCGACGAAGCGGAUAAGGGCAGUCUGGACAGACAGCUCCCACGCUUACAAGAUCGGCCAGAUUCGCUGUCCAAGUGGUUGAGCACCAUCCAGUCGCUUGCUCUCACGCGAAACCAACGCCCUGGCAAAACCAUUGCCCUGUCAGAGAUCCUGACAAGUCGCAUGAAGACCAAAAAGAGUACCGAAGUCUCCACCGCUGUAUCUUACAUCCAGUCCGUCUGCCAGGCCAACAACAUAUCCCACGUCAUCGACAUGGGCUCAGGACAAGGCUACCUCUCCGUAGCCCUAGCCUACCUCUUCCCAGAUCUACACGUGCUAGCAAUCGACGGCAGCGCGUCCCAAAUAGCAGCCUCAAAAGCCUGCGCAGCCAGCCUCGGGAUCCCCGAGAGCAGGAUCCAGCACAUGCGGCGCUACAUUGACGGCACGCCACCGCUGGCAGCUGAACUCGCCGCCUGGGCCGGAGAGGAGAGGUGCAUGCUCGUCGGCCUACACGCGUGCGGGAACCUCUCCGAGCACAUGCUGAGAUACUUCACGACGGUGCCGUUCAUCACGUCCUUGGGCGCAGUGGGGUGCUGCUACAACCACAUUGUCCCACGUUCUGCCGCUUGUCCGGAUGGGUUCCCCAUCAGUGCAAAGAUGAGGGAGAGAAACGUCGUGCUCAGCGCUACGGCGCUGAUGACGGGCUGCCAGGCGCCGAAUAACUGGGAAAGGGCGGAUCCCAGUAAGGAGGAGUCUGUGUAUUCAAAACGGCGCUUCUACCGAGCUCUGUUGGAAAAGAUAUUCCACGACAAAGGCAUAAAGCUUGAUCAAGAUGACAGGCCGGUGUGGGGCGUGCGGAAGGGGGACAUGGCUAGCUUUACCACGUUCGCACGCAGGGCCGUGGCAUGUCUUGGCGUUGACGAGAGCAAAAUCAGCGAUGCUGACCUCGUGGCUUAUGAGGAUAGAUAUCGAGGUUACGAGGGCAAAGUAGCGAUUCUUUGGACUCUUAGUGUGCUGUGCUGCAAGAUUGUUGAAAGUGUGAUUGCUCUGGAUCGAUACUGGUUCCUGACGGAGAACGGAGGGCAGAAUGUGGACGUUGUGCCAAUCUUUGACUACAAGAUUUCGCCACGGAAUCUGAUGCUUGUGGCGGACAAGGGGCAAAAACAUAGACCAGGAAGCUAUCCAGAUGGAUCUCAAUCAACAUGCGCAGAAAAGCCGUACUAG